UCUCUAUAAUCUCCCUCUCUCUCUCUCUCUCUCUUUGUGGGUUCACUACACAGGCUACCCGCAAGUUAGCUGUUUCAGCACCUGGAACCAGGACAAUGGAGCGGCUCAGAUUCAGCACCUUGGACAGUGCAGGAGUUCUGCUACGUUUGUUCGGUAAGCGGCGUCUGUGUGUGUGUGUGUGUGUGUGUGUGUGUGUGUGUGUUGUGUGUGUGUGUGUGCGUGUGGGUGUACGUGUGUGUUGCAUGCGAUAUUUCGGUCGUGACUGCACAAAGCAGCCUGCGUGUCUGGCUGUCUUUGUGUUUGUGUGCGUGUCUGUGUGUGCGUCAUGGUGUGUGUGUGUGUUUGGUGUGUGUGUGUGUGUGUGUGUGUGUGGAGAGAGGAGCAGAGCUAUCGAGAGAGAGAGGCGGAAGAGCGAAAACGAGUCUACGAGAAUCGCUCGACCGCGACCGACGCGCGCGAGAGCGAGUCCUCGUCUCUCCUUCUGAUGCUUGUGUGUGUAGUAACACAUCCCCUACCUGUAUUCAACGUCAGUGCAGUGAAAAGCUCUUUGUGAGAAAAAUACUAAAAUGCAAGGUCAUUAUUAGAACAAUGUGUAUUAGACUCACCGGUAUGGGCAUCCCCUAUGUGCUGUCAAUUGAUCUAGCUUAAGCAUGCAGUGAGAUUGAAGAGGUAUCCUACAUCCGUGUCAUGUAGCUGGGUAUUGUUACAUCUAAGUGGCAAAUAUACUCAAGCGAAGCUAUAUGGUCCUUAUUCAUUGCUCCCAACAGUUUUCUUUCGAAAGACAAGAAGUCCCUUUGAGUCUUCGGGCUGCCUGGUUUUGCUGAUCAUGCAUGUUUGCAUGGCAUGCACUCAUAGUCCAGUCUGUAAGAUCAUUGACAGUAAAACACAUUCCUAUCAACCAUCUUUCAUUAUACUAUUUUCUACAGAUAAUAUUGUAUUAUAUUCAUUCUGCAGACCUCACGUUUUAAGCAUAUUCAUUGCAACAUCGUUGACGCAAAAACAAACAUAUAAACUGUCAUGUAUUUGCCACUGCUGACAUGACCCUUAUACAGUACCUCCCCAUUUUCAGGGAUCCUGGCCCGGUUGACGGUGACGGCUGAGCAGGAGGGAGAGAAUCUCUCCGGUCUGUCCACCAACCCAGACAAAGACAUCUUCGUGGUCCGGGAGAACGGGACCACCUGCCUCAUGGUCGAGUUUGCUGUCCGCUUCACGGUCCCCUUUGACGUCCUCGCGAUCAACGGGAUAGACGUAAGACACAACUCCGAUAUUUCAAGGCUCAGCGUAGUUAUAUGUUACUUUUACUUUGAAUGUGUUCAAGUCAAGAUUUAAUAUACAACUGUGAAGAUAAUACAGUUAGUUUAGCACUACUUUUUAUGGCACUUACCAAUUGGACCGCAUCCUCACUAUAGUAGCCUGGUAUACUGAUGGGUGGACACAGCCUGUCAAACUUCGACUGUCAACUUAGACUGACACUGACAUACUGUCAAAUUUCUGUAUGUAAGAAUUUGCUCUCAUUUAGACACACAUGGGGGCACACAUUCCACGGUAUUACGCGCGGUGGGCUGUGCGUAAAAUUAUGUGAAACAAGUCCAUAUUAUCAUCAUAGAAGACUAGUCUAUUGAGAAACACAUGUGAUCAUCACAAUCAAUCACACACUGGUGUUUGUUGCUUUUCUGUUCUCUACAGCUGAUCACGGAGAAUGCGUAUCUGGCUCUGCCUAGCGGGGCAGACAUUGAAGGGAAAUGCGGGAGCCAGGACGCCGAUAUACACAUCUCGUGGAAGGAUAAGGCCUACACACUCCGCAUCAACUUCGUCAAGGUUUGUCCCCUAUGAAACAGUCAGUAGGCGAGCCGCGUCUAAUUACAAUUACCCAAAAUCAUUAAGAGCGUUUAUCCCGCGUGGGAUUCUUGUAAAAAUAUGUUCAGAUAACAACGCCUACACAUAACAGUCGCGCAUAAUGUUCUGCUGCUGGUGAUGACCGUGUGUGUGUGUGUGUGUGUGUGGCAGGAAACCCGUGACAAGGGAGAUGAGGUGUGGAAAAUUAGCAAGGUGCAGUUCGUUUAUGACACCUCUGAGAAAACGCAUUUCAUCAACCCAUACAACCGUGAGUAGCAUUUCUAUCUCAUUCAGCAAUUUCUGAGUAUGUUUUGCGAUAUGGUUUCAUUGAAUAAUUAUUUCACAUUUGCACUAAACGUGUGCAAUAAAGAAAGGCAAUUCACAAACGUCUUAGGCCUUUGGAUAUUUCGGAGAUUAUUUGUAUUUAUUUUUAUUCCACAAAACAUUAUUAUUAUUAUUAUUAUUAUUAUUAUUAUUAUUAUUAUUAUCGUUAUUAUGUUCCUUUUUUAUAGUUUUUUUCGUAACUUUGGAUUUAUUUAAGUAAUUUCGAUUAGACAUAUGAUAAGCUAAUGUUGAAAUUCACGUAGCCUACCCCAACAUCACAGUUUUUGGAUUCAAUAUUAAUACACAUUUUAAAACUCUUGACGGGACAGCCGGAAGUUGAAAGCGGAAUUAUUGAAAGAAAACGGUGACUUUUUUGCUGGAUAAAAAACACGUUUUGAUCAUAGGUCGCCACUUUUCUGGACAAGCUAUUGGUGUGCAUCUGCCGCAGUGGCCGUGUUACGUGUCUGUAGAAACAAAGUGAUUCCUAUAGCCCUUAGAUGUUUUAUACUUAGAAGUUGUUAAAUUUCGAUAUUUGUUCCUAAUUAUUUCCUAAAUAUUAAUAUGAAUACUCUAUUAUUCCACAUUUAUUUCAAUAUUUUGUAGCCAUUUAUUUUACUUAUUUGUGUUUCUCUGUAUGAAAUGCAUGCAUGCCUGUGUGUGUGCGUCCUUGCUUGCCUGUUUGUGUCCGCACGUCUGUCUGUGUCAGUGUCUGUGCUUUUCUUUUUGGACCUACCUACUCAUAUUGUGUUUCCUCAUGUACUGCAUCCUCCUAUCCCAUCUCUCAAUCUAGCUGGGAGGCACACAGCCAGCUCCCACGGUCUGUCAGCGUUAGUGACCCCUGCUGGCCGCUCGUAUGUCUGCGAGGCUAAGCAGACACUCACCCUCAUCUCCAGUGACCACCAAAAGGGAGUGACUGUCGCCAUGAGUGACAUUCAGAUCCAGCCCUUCGACAUCAGCUCAGACUUCAUGUUUAGUGAAGGUACAGGAUCUAACCGUAACAUCAUACAGCCAUGUUCAGUGAAGGUAUAGAAUAGCAACCCACAGUAGUACUCCCCUCAUUGCAAAUGUUGCAAAAUCAGCAAAUGUCCCACACAUGUCAAAUGUACAGCCCGGUAUAAUAAAGGUUGUCAUCUUGAGGAGAGAUCUGACACUAGUGAGGAUGAUGAUGAUGAUGGUGAUGGUGAUGAGCGGUUACCGUGCAGUAGUAUUGGAGAACUUAUCUCACAACCCCUACAAACUGCAUUUCCACCACCCCUCCCUUCUUCACCCUCUCCCUCACCCUCCUUCUCUCUCUCACAGGGGGGGCUGGUUGCUGCAGUUUGAAGAGCAGAGCUGCAGAGAGCGGGAGGGAGGGAGGAAGAGAGUAGGAGAGAGAUAGAGGGGAAAGUGAGAGAGGUCAUUAGGACUUGAUGGCUGUAGUUAUAGCCCUGUCCUCAAUGCAGACUUUACGACUGUAGUUAGGUAUAUACUGUCAGUCACUGUGUCCUCUAAAGGCCAUCAUGCUUCUCUCUCUGGACUGCAGUAAACUAGAGUGUGUUUUGCUACAGUGCCCUUCAACUAUAGUGUUUAUUAACCCUUGGUAUACUGAGGCCUUUCAUCUGGUAGUUACAUACUGUAUUAACCUUUAAAGCCACAUUCUCGAAGAUCUGCACCGGAGUGGGCCACCAACGAAAACAUCAACUAUGAAGCAAAUACAUCCCAUGAUACAGGACAUCAGAAGGCUAUAGUACAUGUAAACAGUACUAAUAUGAGCCAAACUAGUUUAAAGCCCUGACUGUUGUCCAUAAAUAUGACAUUUUCUAAUUUAGAGACCAGUGAGACCUUUGACCUGAUACUAAUCAGUGAGGUCAUGUUAAGGCUCUCUCACAUAGAGGAGAAUCUUCUCACUGUAGGCAUGGGAAAAACUAAAGGGACCUGACUGACCGGUGAACUGAUUUUGAAUUUCCUAAUUGGUUAAAGUUAGGUUAGUGUAAUGGUUAGGGUUUAGGGUUUAGGGUUAGGGUUAAGGUUAGGAUUAGGGUUGCAGGCCAAUCAUGUAGCUUAGUUGCACACCCAUAGAUAGAACUGUGUGUGUGUGUGUGUGUCUGUGUAUGUGUGUGGGUAACAUCAGUGACAGUUGAUUUAAUGCAAAGCUUUGGAACGUAAUUCACACACACGCACACAUGCACACAUAUGGACAGACAGACAGACACACACACACACACACACACACGCACACACACACACACACACACACACACACACACACACACACACACACACACACACACACACACACACACACACACACACACACACAGAGAGAGAGUUCUAUUCACACAUGAAUGUGUUCUGUGUGUGUGUGUGUUUCUCCCUGCAGCAUAUAAGUGCAUCACGGACCAGCGGGAACAGCUGGAGGAGACUCUUCCUCUGAUCCUGGGUUUCAUCCUGGGCCUCAUCAUUGUUAUCACGCUGUCCGUCUACCACUUCCACCUCAAACUGACCACUGCCACCCAGCCACAGCUGCCCCGCGACCGGUCCAUGUACAAAAACAUGUAAGGAACUGGACAUUAAAACAACCAUUAUACGACAACUCUCCAUGGUCAAGGAUAGUACAGUAGAACAACAUUCCAAGACUCCCCAUGUUCAAGAGCAUGCAAGGAAUCAAACAUUAGAUCAACAUCAAUAUAACGACUCUCCAUGUACAAGGUAAUAGGACAUUGAAACAAGCACAAAAUGAUGUUCAAGACAUGUAAGGAAUCAGACAGUACAAUAACUAUGACUCUCCGUGUUCAAGGAUAUAGGACAUUAAAAACAAGACAACAUGACUACUCUCCAUUCAAGGAUAUUAGACAAAUGGUAAUAGACUACGAUUAUAACCACAACGCUCCUGCCUCUCCAAAGUCAAACCAAUGUGACUUCCCCUGCUCUGAACUUCACCAUACAUUGGAGAGUAGGCCAUAACUUUAUGGAGGCCUAACUUGCGAUAUGGCUAACUUGAGAUACGUGUGCGUAAUUUGGAGCGUUCUCGUAAAAUCCUGCAUUGAAGUAAUUUGAAGACUUGCGCAACAUUCGAUUUACGCACACAGAUUUUUCUGUUAGCAUUCCACCCCUGUCUGUUCUGUUGUUUAUAUGUCCAGAAACCGCCGUUUUUGUCGAGAAGCCUGCGCUUUGUUAUCGUCCCCCCCCCAUCACUUGUCUCUGUCUUUUCUGUGAACGCGCUGCAAAAGAAACCUCGCAGGUAGCAGGUCCAGAGUUGAUGUUCAGCUGAAAUGUUUACUUUCCUAACUCCAGUUUUUACUUUUUGUUUUAGAAUGCAAUCAUAGUGGUGAAAGUGGAAAGUGUUGUGGUGUGUACACUGUACAGGUGUUUCAAUGAACUUCAGAAAUCAUGAAAAAUAAAUAAU